CCUCUUUUUCCCUCGCUCUAAAAAUAUGGCCCACCGCUUCCCCUUCCCACCCAAAAAACCUGUCACCCUCUCUUUCCUCUAUAUCGACACGCAUUAAACGAGCUUUUGCUAAGCGUUUUCAUUUUCCGUUUCAAUUCCCCCAGAGAAAGCAACAGCGAGAGAAACAAUGGCGACUGAGAGGUUCGAUCUUGACGGGAGGCUGAUAAAGCCGAUGACGAUAUGCAUGAUUGGUGCCGGGGGGUUCAUAGGGUCGCACUUGUGCGAGAAGAUUCUGAAUGAGACGCCUCACAAGAUCCUGGCUCUUGAUGUCUAUAACGAUAAGAUCAAGCACCUCCUCGAGCCGGAGUCCCUCCUUUGGGGUAAUCGCAUACAAUUCCACCGGAUAAACAUCAAGCACGACUCCCGCCUUGAAGGCCUCAUCAAGAUGUCAGAUCUGACUAUUAAUCUGGCAGCUAUCUGUACACCGGCUGAUUACAAUACGCGUCCGCUGGACACAAUUUACAGCAAUUUCAUUGACGCGCUUCCAGUGGUCAAGUACUGUUCGGAGAACGGUAAGCGUCUGAUUCACUUUUCUACUUGCGAAGUAUAUGGGAAAACAAUUGGUAGCUUUCUCCCCAAAGAUAGUCCAUUGCGUCAGGAUCCCGCUUACUAUGUCCUUAAAGAAGAUGCUUCCCCUUGCAUUUUUGGUUCCAUUGAGAAACAGAGAUGGUCCUAUGCAUGUGCAAAACAAUUGAUUGAGAGGCUGGUUUAUGCCGAGGGUGCGGAGAAUGGCCUCGAGUUCACCAUUGUGAGACCAUUCAACUGGAUUGGCCCCAGGAUGGAUUUCAUUCCUGGCAUUGAUGGUCCAAAUGAGGGUGUUCCCAGGGUUCUAGCUUGCUUUAGUAAUAAUCUCCUACGCCGAGAACCACUCAAGCUUGUGGACGGUGGCCAAUCCCAGAGAACUUUUGUUUACAUAAAAGAUGCAAUUGAGGCUGUGUUGUUGAUGAUUGAAAAUCCUGCCAGGGCUAAUGGUCAUAUAUUUAAUGUGGGCAACCCUCACAACGAAGUUACUGUUAGGCAGCUUGCUGAAAUGAUGACGGAGGUUUAUGCUAAGGUGAGUGGAGAAACUGCUCUGGGGGAACCAACUAUUGAUGUAAGCUCCAAAGAAUUUUACGGUGAGGGAUAUGAUGAUAGUGACAAGAGAAUUCCGGACAUGACCAUUAUCAACAGACAACUUGGUUGGAAUCCUAAGACAUCACUCUGGGAUUUACUUGAGUCAACCCUCGCCUAUCAACACAGAACAUAUGCGGAGGCGGUCAAGAAGGCUGUGGCAAAACCAACAUCAAGCUGAGAGAUGAUGUUUUGGCAUCGGUAAAGGAAAUGAAAUUCUUUUACGAGCUAGGAGCUUUUUGUGGGCAGCGGUUGUUAUAAUUCUUUUGAAGGAAAUCUUAAAUAUAAUCUUUGUGGUUGACUCCAUACACGCUACGUUUUUUUCGCUGGUGUCGCUGUAGUCAGUAGCUCAAUCAUCUGUGAUGAAAUGUUAGAUUCUUUUAGGGUGAAACUGUAUCUUGUUUCUGUAUUUUGUGGCUAGAGAUUGAGCUACGAGUCGUCCGGACCGUUAAUAGAUUAAAGUUCAGGUUUUUUGGGGCUUGGCUGUCCUUCCUCUCUUUUGCUUCGCCCCCACCUGGAAUAUGUUGUAUUAAUUUGUCUGUCCCUCGUGGUCUUGUUUUUCCUAAAUUAUAUUGUUUGUUAUUAAUCUCAAA